ACAGAAAUGGGAAAUGGCAUGGCCUCUUUGAAAAACAGUCUAAUUGUUCCUGAGAAAGUUAAACAGAGACCUUGGAGACACCCCUACCCCAGAGCUGCCUGCGCUGCCUAGCCGUGGUGAACCCCAUGAUGUUCUCCAACAUCGCCACGGACAACAAACCCUUGGGCCGCGUGUCCUUUGAGCUGUUUGCGGACAAAGUUCCAAAGACAGCAGAGAACUUUCAUGCUCUGAGCACUGGGCCGAAAGGAUUUGGCUCUAAAGAUUCCUGCUUUCAUAGGACUAUUCUGGGAUUUCUGUGCCAGGGCAGUGACUUCCCACACCACAAUGGCACUGGCGACAAGUCCAUCGAUGGGGAGAAAUGCGAUGAUGAGAAUUUCAUUCUGAAGCACAUGGACCCCGGCAUCUUGUCCAUGGCCAAUGCUGGAGCCAACACAAAUGCUUCCCAGUUUUUCAUCUGCACUGCCGACACUGAGUGGCUGGAUGGCAAGCACGUGGUCUUGGCAGGGCGAAAGAGGUAUGUUGUAGAAGCCAUGAAACACUUUGGGUCCAUGAAUGGCAAGACCAGCAGGAAGAUCACCAUUUGACUUGUGUUUUUAUCUUAAC